AUGGUGGCUGACGAGCGAAAGGAAGUGACCGAAGUCGUCGAGGAAGCCGAACCAGACGUCGAAAUGACUCCAGAACAGAUGAAAGAAAAGUUGAAAGAACUCUACACAGCUGGAAAGAAGGACUACUAUGAAGACAACUUCGAGAAAGCUGCUGAUUCGCUAGCGGAGGCUGCUCAACUGGCCGACAAGCUAUUUGGACAAAAAGCUGGAGAAACCUUCGACUACUAUCUCUACUACGGGAGAGCUGAACUUGAAAUUGGACGACAAGAGAAUAUCCUCUUCCGGAAUGCGCAAGAGGGAAUGCCCACUAAAGACGAUUCGAUGUGCCCUGCCGAUGCUUCUGUCUUGACUGAAGGCCAACUUGAAACAAUCAAAGAGCAAGUGGAAGAAGCGCUCGAGGAAAAUGCAAAGGAACUCGAGGGGAACGCUAAAGAAACUAACAAAACCGAAGAGGACACCACCAAUGAGGCGGACAAGAAAGAAUCCGCCAAAGAAACAGCGGACGAUGGAGCUGAAGGAGACGAAGAAGCCGAAGAGGCCGAAGAAGGGGUCGACGGAGAAGACGAGGAGGAUGAAGAGGAGCGUGAGCCGCUCCAGUCGGCCUGGGAGAUUUUCGAGCACUGUCGGUUGAUCUGCGAGAACCAAGAAAAAUCAAAGGACUGGGAUCUCAAGCUAGCCGAUGUCUUGACCCAUCUGGGCGAUUGUUCGGCAGAAAACAGCAACUUUGAACAGGGGAUCGAGGAUUUGUGCAAAGCUCAGGAGCUGAAGGAAAAGCACGGAUGUAUUGGACGCAGAUUGGCUGAUGUUUUCAUCGAGAUGGCUCGCGUUUACAAACUGGCAGACAAUUUUCAUUCGGCGAUUCAAUACUACGAGAAGGCGAAGGCCACUUUAGAAAAACAAAUUGGAAUUUUGGAGAAAGAAGUCAAUGAUGAGUCAAAGAAAGAAACCGCUGAGCUUGGUGCCAUUGCCAAAGAUUUGCAAGGACUACUCGAAGAUGCUAUUGAAAGUGCAAAGCAGGCGGAUAUGGUCAAGAACCUUGCCGGUGACCAGCCAGCAACUGCCACCACAAAAAUCCCUAGCGCUCCUCUUGAUGGAAAAGCUGGUACGAUGAUUGAGGUUCGAAAAGCUCCAAAGCGUCCUGCCUCAAGCGACCCAAGUGAGGAUGCUGAAAACGUCGAAGCCAAGAAACUCAAGGAGACCGUCGAGAAGGAGAAGACCACCGGCGACACUGCCGAUUCAACCGAAACUCCCCGCGAAAAUGUUGACGGAUCAUUGACUGCAGUU